UUCAACCCAUCUCGUUGUGCAGGUUUUCAAAGCCCUCUACCCGUUCAUCGCAUUCCAUCAUCAGCACAUGUCUCGUCCAUCAUCGCUUGCUGAUUGCGCAGUAGCCCGUUCCAUGUGACAGUCGUGCGUGCGUGCGUUGUGUGCGAAAAACUCUGCUAUCUGCUCCCAUCCACUGUGGCGGUGGAACGAAUUUUCUUCUCGCGUCUGGCCAACUGAAAGGAAUGCCCUUUAACUGCAGUCGCGAUUGUGUGGGUAUUCGGUACCGCAUCAACUCGCUGCACCAAACCUGGAAGUGGCUGCACCAGACCAUCGCCCUUCACGAGUACCUCAUCUCGAUGAGCGCAGAAGAUACGAACGCCAUCGAGCACCAUCGCCUCCACAAAACCAUUGCCAUCCCGCAGCAGCUGAUCGCCGUUUGUUAG